CAUCACCGAUGGCUGCUGAAGUUCUAGGACUUUUUGAUUUCUACUGGUUUCAACAUCUAAUCUUCACAAACGAACCAUCUCCACCACAUCCCGCAACAGACCCAGAUCAUGAACCACUCCAAGAAUCAAAGCUCUCUCGUCUUCCUACUCUUCAUGUUAGGUCUCGGAGUGAUCAGUUUUUGAGCUCCAAAGGAAGCUGCACCCCUGAUUCUCUGUCGCCGGACUCAGUCCUACAAGCGCCGAAGCUGCAGACGGUUAUGUCCGGGAAGGAAGUUGGAGAAGAGUUCGAUGAUGCCCCGAAAAAGGAAGAGCGACAGAGACCUGUACUUGAUCAGAGAAAAGUUUAUGGUGGAAGGAAGAGCAAAGGGAGCAGCAAGAGCUUGUCGGACCUCGAGUUUGAGGAACUGAAGGGGUUCAUGGAUCUGGGUUUUGUGUUCUCGGAAGAAGACAAGAAUUCAAAGCUGGUGUCCAUCGUUCCUGGGUUGCAGAGAUUGGGAAAGAAAGGUGGUGAAGACGAUGAAGACGAGGAUGAAAAGAUUCUUUCAGUUUCUAGGCCUUAUUUAUCAGAAGCAUGGGAUGUGAUGGACAGGAGACGAAAAGAAGUGGAUCCACUAUUGAAUUGGAGAAUCCCAGAUUUUGGUGAUGAAAUGGACAUGAAAGAGCAUCUCAGAUUUUGGGCUCACAUGGUUGCAUCUGCUGUAAGAUAGAAAAGAUGGAUCAUUCCUGUUAAAAUUUUCUUUCUUCCUUUCUAUUCUUUCUCCGGGCUCUUUUUCUUGAGUUUUAAAGGAUGUUUUGAAGGCUUUUAGAUGCAACUUUGUGGGGGUUCUUUUCUUUAUAGGUUCUAAAUGUAAAUAAAGAGGACUAAAGAGGAAUCUAUAUACUUCACUUAGAUCUUGAUUUUGGCAUCAAAACUUCAAGUGUCUUGGCAAUUCAAGUGUUCCUUUCAAUCAUAUAUAGACAAAUUAAACUCAAGAAAAUUCAGUCUAUCUUCUUGAAAGAAGAGAAAAGGAGUAGGGGUUUGUAUUAAAAUCUGCAGUAGUUGAUAUGGAAAUGUCAAAAUGUGGAAAGUAUCAUCAAUCAUAUGGUUGAUGCUUUUGACUCUUGUGCUGUUUCUGAGUGUAAAGAGCAAAGUUUGAUCCUCUGGUGGGCUCCUCACAAGUCACAACCAAACCACCACACCAGUAUGUUAUGGGCAUGCAGCAAAAGC